CUCGCGGAGAGAGCGAUCACCCAGAGAAAAAAGGGAAAAGUAACUCGGGAGAAAACUAAUUGUGGUAACUCACGCUCGGAAGGAAAAAAAGGGGGAGUUUAUUUUGCUAUUAAUCGGAUCGCCGAGAUUGUGUGAACUCAGACUUCAGCUGAUAAAGCUGUUAGUUGCGUGUGUUCGGAUGGACGGAGUGCGCACUUCUCCAGAGUUGGAUGUAUGCGAGAGAGAAACGCUCCUCACGUCUGGACGACACGCAGCGCUCGCCCUGAAAAAAUCACCGCUGGACUUUUCAACACUAUAGCUGCGGUUUUGUCGCUUAUCUACCGCAGAUCUGACACCGUGGUGGACUUUUCAACACCGCCGGUUUCUAAGUUUACACCAGCGCUGCUGCAGCCGGACUCACCAACUUAUUACUGUCCUUUUACGGUGCGCGUUUUCAAACUUGUGAGCCGAAAACGCAGUGCUAUUGCUUUUUCUGGGAGGAAUAGUUCUGGGCUUUAUAUGGACAUACUUCUGACAUUUAAAACUACGCUUACAAGGUGGCAUAAGGGGGUUUAUGGUGGUCUAAGUUUUGAUUACCUUUGAUUUCCAGCCCGCGUCGGUCCGACACCAGCGGAGAAAGUUGUAGGGACUUUAUUUUCUUCUUUUUUUCUUAAUGAAUGCCUUUGGGACGGAAAAACGCUUUGCUGCCACAAAGUUUUUCGUAGUAACCUCGGUCUUACAAGAGUACUUAAUGUAGUAAAGCAGGCCGGAGCCGCAUUAUUACACCAGGAGAGCUCAGCGGUCGCGCUUUUUAAAUCUGGAUACAAAAUGGCGGCGUCCCUGGGACGAUUUGGAUAUGCGUCUCGCUGUGUUUUUUAUUUAAUCUUGUCGGUGGUCGGACUGUUGAGCGGUGGUGGUUUGGGCUCAGACCUGCCUUGUGCCGAGAACUGUACCUGCAGAGGGGAUUCAGUGGACUGCAGCGCCCUGGAGCUGACGGCGGCGCCGCUGGACCUUCCUGCCCGGACCGUCUCCCUAAAUCUAAGCCACAACAAGCUGACCUCUAUCAACGUUGAAGCCUUUGCCAACCUUUUCAACUUGAGAGAAUUGCGCCUGGAUCACAAUGAGCUGACCUCCAUACCAGAUUUAGGACAGGCUGCUUCCAAGAUCGUAUCCCUGUACCUACAUCAUAAUAAAAUCCGCAGUAUUAAUGGCAGCCGGACCAGAGAGCUUGUUUCCCUGGAAACCCUGGACCUGAGCAAUAAUGACAUUACUGAGCUACGAGGGAACUGCUUCCCUGCGGGCCUUCAAAUACGAGACCUGUACCUGGGUAAUAACAAGAUCAGCGUGUUGGAACUUGGAGCAUUGGACCACCUUGGCUCAACUCUACAGGUUCUGAGACUGAGCCGAAACCGAAUCAGCCAGAUUCCCAUUCGAGCCUUCCAGCUCCCAAAGCUCACCCAGCUUGAACUGAACAGGAACCGCAUCCGUCAGAUCGAGGGCCUAACCUUCCAGGGUUUGUCGAGCCUGGAGGUGCUCAAGCUGCAAAGGAACAGCAUCAGCAAGCUGACCGACGGAGCCUUCUGGGACCUGGCUAAAAUGAAAGUCCUCCACCUGGACUCCAACAACCUGACAGAGGUGAACAGUGGCUCGUUGUAUGGCCUGACUUCCUCGCAACUGUUCCUUGGUAACAACUCAAUAGCCCGCAUCAACCCUGAUGGAUGGAAGUUCUGCCAGAGGCUGAGGGAGCUGAAUCUGUCCUACAAUAACUUGACGCGUUUGGAUGAAGGAAGUCUGGCUGUGCUGGGGGAUCUCCACACCCUCCGUCUGGGACACAACGCCAUCAGCCGCAUCGACGAGGGAGCUUUCCGAGGCCUUAAGGCCGUACGCGUACUGGAGCUGGACCAUAACGACAUCUCGGGCACAAUAGAGGACACCAACGGGGCCUUCUCCGGAUUGGACAGGCUCAACAAGCUGACUCUGUUUGGAAACAAGAUCAAGUCGGUGGUCAAGAAAGCCUUCUCUUCCCUGGAGACCUUGGAGCACCUGAACUUGGGGGAGAAUGCUAUUCGUUCCAUCCAGCCUGAAGCCUUCAGUAAGAUGAGGAACCUCAAAACCCUUGUCAUCCAGAGCAGCAGUUUCCUGUGCGACUGCCAGCUGCAGUGGCUGCCCGGUUGGGUGGUGAGCCAGGGUCUGCAGGCUGGUGUCAACGCCACCUGCGCCCACCCGGCCAGCCUGCAGAGCACCAGCGUCUUCGAAGCUCCGUCCAACAGCUUUGUGUGUGACGACCUUCCCAAGCCCCAGAUCAUCCUCCAGCCGGAGACCACGGUGACGGUCCUGGGCAGCAACGUCCACCUCACCUGCACGGCCGCCAGCAGCAGCUCGUCCCCCAUGAGCUUCGCCUGGCGCAAGGACCAGGAGCUGCUCCACCACGCCGAGAUGGAGAACUUCGCCCACGUGCGCGCUCACCACCAAGGCGUGACGGCCGGGGUGCCGGCCGCAGGAGGAGGGGUGAUGGAGUACACCACCAUCCUGCACCUGCGGCACGUCACCUUCGCCCACGAGGGCCGGUACCAGUGCAUCAUCACCAACCACUUCGGCUCCACCUACUCCAGCAAGGCUCAAGUCGUCGUCAAUGUGCUGCCGUCCUUCGUGAAGACGCCCAGGGACAGCACCAUCCGAACGGGCUACACCGCCCGGCUGGAGUGCGCCGCCGAGGGUCACCCGGCGCCGCAGAUCGCCUGGCAGAAAGACGGCGGCACAGACUUCCCCGCCGCCCGCGAGCGGCGAAUGCACGUCAUGCCCGACGACGACGUGUUCUUCAUCACGGUGGUCAAACCGGAGGACAUGGGCGUGUACAGCUGCACGGCCAAAAACACGGCGGGCACCGUCUCCGCCAACGCCACGCUCACCGUACUGGAAACCCCCCACCUGGUCCAGGAGCUGAAGGACCGCAGCGUGGCCGUCGGGGACACGGUGGCGCUGCAGUGCAAGGCCCUGGGCAGCCCGCCGCCCCGCAUCACCUGGCUGCGGGACGACCAGCCGCUGCGGCCCUCGGACCGCCACCACUUCACGCCCGGGAACCAGCUGCUGGUCAUCAGCUCGGCGGCGCUGGAGGACGCCGGCCGCUACACCUGCCUCAUGUCCAACACCCUGGGCACGGAGCGCGCUCACAGCCAGCUGACGGUGACGAGCCGCUCCUGCACGCCGUCCAGGGGCCUGAGCACCGUCACCAUCGGCAUCAUCGUCAUCACCGUGGUCACCAGCAUCGUGGUGACGUCGCUGGUGUGGGUGUGCAUCAUCUACCAGACCAGGAAGAAGAGCGAGGAGUGCAGCGUGACCAACACCGAUGAAACGAUCGUCCCUCCCGACGUGCCCAGCUACCUCUCUUCCCAGGGCACUCUGUCCGAGCGGCAGGACGUGUGCAUCCGCGUGGAGGCCGGUAGUGUUCCUCAGCCCAACGGACACGUCGUAGACCCCACAGGUUUCGACGGAGCGGUAGUGUGCACGGAUUGCAUGGAGUCUGGCAGCAGCUACUCCAAAGAUCCCGACUACCUGAGCCACGGGUUCGGCCCCGUCCGGGGCCUGGAGUACCAGCAGCAGUUUGUUCCCCCGCCGCCCUACUCCCACCUGCACCUGGCAGAGCAGCACGACACAGGGUCGCACGCGGCUCCGCUCUGCAACGGGACUCCCUACGGCAUCCGAAAGGACAUCCAAGGAUCCACGCUGCCGAGAAAUCACAACACAAUACACGUGAACCACGAAGAUAGAAAAGGUAAGAAUUCAUGGAGGGCAGGACAGACGACGACGAGCUCCACGUCACCAGAAGAAUCCUUCCACAAGCCGGUGAAGCUGGCCGGCGGGCCGAGGCCCGUUUGCCCGGACACGGACUGUGAGCCUGAGCUCAGGCAGACUCUGCUGCCCAAUGGACACGCGCUCCGAGCCUCUCACAACGACAACAACCCUCUACGGCGAGCCAGCGACUAGCAGGAACCGGCUCUCGCCUAAAACAUGGACUUGUAUUUUUUUCUUUGCACUGGUAAAUAAACUGCUACCUCAUAUCGAUGAGGCUCCUGGAUCUAGACUUGUGAGGAAAACCAGGAAGCAAAAAAAAGGUGAGGUUGGAGGGGGGAGGCGUCCGGUAUUUGAAGGUGGAGCUUGUGUGGGUGGCGUCCCAUCUGAGCGUAUCAGCUGUACAUAGUUUAAAAACCUUCCUUUAGGAGGUGACAAGUAAAAAUUCUAGCUCCAAAAAAAUGUGACUUGCAUUUGAAGCAUGUAAAUUUAGGGAAUGUUGCCCAGUGUAAGUAUGUGCAGUGGGGGGAAAAGAAGAGAAAUAUACCUUGGGACUUUUAACUGUACAUAAGAGAUUUCUUAUAUAUUAUGUAACUUUUACAAGAGUGUUUUGAAUAUAUGUGCAUGUCAAAGAAAAAAAAGGAGUGAUGUUAUUUUUAUUUUUCGUGGGGAAAGAAACAGCCCUUUUCAGCUUUUACCAACAUCAGCUGCAGUGCCUUAUUGCAUGAUCAAAGAAGACUCAACCUGUAACAUGUCGGGGGACAUUGUUUUGUGAGAGAUACUGGUACAUUUUUUUUUUUUUUUAUAGCAAACAAAAUCCUUGAUUGCACUUGAAUGUUUUUUUUUCUUUAUUUUACCUCCCCUCCAUACAGUGCCAUCGGCCUCGGCCUCACAGAAACGUAACUCGCAUGCAUUGUUGUAUGAAGGAAGAGCUCUGGUGUAAAUUAUUUUGGUAUGUCAGACGGUGCGAGGUGGGAUAUUUGCGUGGGCAGUCAGUCAGCUAAAGCACCUUUUUUAUACUCGCUGCGUAAAUGAGUGGAUUGUGUACCUCAUGUGCCAGUAGGAAUGCAGGAAACCUUCCCUGUGUCAAAAUAUGUGGACUGUCUCCUCAAGCCGGUCAACGUCAGCGCUGCACCGUUAAGUCUCUUCCACCUCUCUGACUACACAUCGCUGCAAAGCUGCUCCCAUCUACUUCUAUAUACGUUGGGUUCUUCAUUUCUAGUGACUUUGGAACAAGUUUGCAAACAAAUGCAGUGGAACUUCAGCAACAACAGCUGGUAAACAGAACGAUGUGAAAGCCAAUAAUGAUCUCCGAAUAUAACAUUCUUGGUCACAUCCACAAACUUCUAAAAAUGUGCACUUGAACACUUGCAUUUAAUUGACCUGAUUAUACAAUAUUCUCAAACUUUGGCCAGUAUUCUGCCUCAGUCACGUCACCGCUGCAGUUCAGUUAAAGGAGUGUCCCAGUCCCUGGACGCACUGGCUCAGAUUCUGCCAGAGUAGUUACAUUGUUUUAAUUUAUGCAUUUGUUUCCUCAAUAUGAAUUCCGAUCUCUCACCAGUGGAGCUGGAGGAAAUGCUCCUCCGGUUACACCUGAUGGCACCUAUCACAUGAUUUCACUAGCGAGGGCCGUUCGGAGAUCCUGCUGGAAAACUGAGCCCAGUGUGGCAGGUUUAAGGGACGAGAGGGAGCGCGGUGCAGAUCAUGUUCUUUGAAAAACUAAUUUAUUGUAGCAAACUGGUGUACCAAUGUUCAUCUAAAACAGUGAAGCAUCUAACAUGGCAUUGAAGUGUCUAAUAAAAUCACACGUUGCUAUAA